UCCGGUUGAACUGCGGGUUCAAAACUGUAUCGGUUAAAAGUUUCAAGAGUUUGAUCGAAUCUUUCUUUCACCGUGCAAUAUAGACAUAUUAUCAUAACGGAGGUCAUUAUUAAUCUAAGAUGUCUCAUAAACAGAUCUACUACUCGGAUAAAUACACAGAUGAUCUUUUUGAAUACCGACAUGUGGUCUUACCGAGAGAACUGGCCAAACAAGUCCCCAAAUCCCACUUGAUGUCCGAGGACGAGUGGAGGAGGCUGGGCGUGCAGCAGUCACUAGGAUGGGUCCAUUAUAUGAUCCAUGAACCAGAACCUCACAUUCUGCUGUUUCGGAGACCUCUACCCAAAUAACACCCGCUUCUGGAACAUUCCUGCGUUCAUGAAUGUAGUAUUCAGUGAAUACUCGAGGACUAAACCACGUUUCUGCACUCCUGCGAUGCUGCGUUUGACUGCGUUAAUGCAUGAACGGAAUCAAGGGAUUAUGGGAAAUGUAUUUUCAGUGAAAAUUCAAGGGCUCUUAUCUUAAAAAAAAAAAAAAAUUAAAUAAUGGAAAAUCAUGUGACUGAAGUGGAUGAAGCUAAACCUUUAAAGAUUUGUGUGUUGAAUAAAAGUCUGUGAUGCAUCAUCGGUGUUUAGAAAGCUAAAUCAGUGUUUUACAGCUGAACUAAAGGACAAUGCGAAUUAAUUCUGGGAGAAAAUGCCUGUAUGCUAAAGGGAGAAAGUGUUAGUUUGCAUUAAUUCUUCAGGGAAGGCAAAUGUGUUCUGUAAAGAUGCUUUAUAUUGUCUGAACAGUUAUAAAAGCUUGAACAAUUUUUGAAAAGGAAAAGUAGUUUUAGAAGAGGAGCCGUAAUGACAGCACUAUCAGCAACAGCUACUUGAACAGGGUUUAUACUGAGAUACGGUUUUGACCCUUUGUCACAGAAUUACUUUUGAAAACAAAAAAGAA